AUGUCCAAAACAGUGCAAAUAUCCUCGGCGGCGCAGUUCAGCGACUUGCUGAAAUCCUCAAGAGUCGUAGUCACAGACUUCUAUGCGGAUUGGUGCGGACCGUGCAAGGUCGUUGCGCCUAUCUACGAACAGCUAUCUGCGAGUCUGUCAAGGCCAAACCAGCUCACCUUCUCGAAGGUCAAUGCGGACACGCAAACAGAGAUUGUGUCUCAGUACGGUGUCACAAGUCUACCAACUUUCAUAAUCUUCAAACAAGGUCAGGUCGUCGAAAAAGUAGGAGGCGACCCACGAAAGCUCCAAGAAGUCGUCCGGAAACUGGCAGCAGAGGCUGAAGGAGGAUCCAACUCAUCUGGUUUUGGCGAAUCGAGCAAUGGUGGCAGCUGGCGCGCGGGAGAUCUGCCCAAAGGCUAUGGUGACGUGACAGAUCAGGUGGAUGUAAAGGGCUCGUCGCUGCUGAACGCAGACAACGAGUUUGGAGGCGUGGGGGUACUAUUUGAUGGUAGCAAGCCAUCAGGAUUGCAGAAGGGCAAGGCAGCGGAGGGACAGGCUAAGGAUUGGGUGGAGAGCGACACGGAUGAGCAGUUGAUGCUGUUCAUGCCAUUCAAUUCUAUAUUGAAGGUCCAUACGCUACAGAUCACGUCCUUACCGCCUGCAUCGGAAGAUGACGAAGUGCCAAUGCGCCCAAAGACUAUCCAAUUAUACUCCAACCGUCCACACAUCCUCGGGUUCGAAGAAGCCGAAGAUAUUCCAGCCACACAGACGAUCACACUCUCAGAGAAGGACUGGGAUUCCACGGGCACCGCGACGAUCCCUCUACGCUUCGUAAAGUUCCAGAAUGUCUCAAGCUUGGUGCUGUUCGUUGUGGAUGGUGAUGGACAGGGAGACAGGGUGCGGGUUGACCGACUUAGGAUUAUUGGAGAGACGGGUGACAAGCGGGAGAUGGGAAAGCUAGAGAAGAUUGGUGAUGAGCAUGGAGAAUAA